GCCGUCGUCGGAGAUCAAAUUAUUAUCUGUUACGAAAGAAACUGGAACUUAAAUUUCGAAAGAAAACUACACCAACAAUGCAUCUACAUGGGUAUAACGAGGAACCCGGCAUGGGUGAAUAUUUAUGCAUUGGAGACUAUGUUUGUUUGUAUUGUGAAGAAACAGAAGGAUACGUCUAUAGUUCCCAGUCAAGUUCCUCAAAUAAUGGCCUGUAUGUAUACACAGGACAGGAAAGGAACAGACCAAGAAAUGUACCAAAUCAACAAGUGGUGGUAUUUCAAGUAUGCAUACAAAACAGAUACAAAUUGAACAAGAAAUACAGAAAGCUAUUGAAUUCCUUACAGACAGAUUCCACCGACUGUGUGACAAAGGGAAACAUUGCACAGACAAAGCUGGCUGCAGAGGCAGAGAACAAAGAUAAUGAAGCAGAGCAGAAACGACAACACGGGAAAAGGGUUAGAUAUGGCGAGGUGUUUCAGCUUCGCCAUAUGUUUACAAAUAAAUUUGUUCAUAUGAGCACUACACAGACUAGCCAACAAGAUAAAAACAACAUGAAGGUAUCAUUGCAUGACUUUAACGCCAAAAAUGCCCAGUUCAGAAUACUACCGAGAUAUAAAGUGAAAUCAGAGGGAGAAAUUGUCCAGUUGUUUGAUCAAAUAGUAUUUGAGAGUAUGAAGUCACCAGGACAUUAUUUCCACACAAGUGAAUCCUACCAGAUUGAUCACUUUACGUUUGGUUCAGAACUAAAUCUUGGCGUAGAGCGAUCGAGUUACACCCUGAUCGGUAGUUACAGAGAAAUUCCCGAACAAGAACGAUUUGUACGGGGAGGAUCAGUCCUUAGACUUUUCCACAAGGAACUCGAAGCUUAUCUUGUAGCAGAGGGACUGUUUGAUGAUUGUGUUACAGAAGAUGUGCACUUUAGGAUCCGAGUAAUUGACCAACACCGUCCAAAGUCUUUGUCGCCAUCAUCCUCUGGUAUCACAUACUGGCAAAUAGAAGCAGAACAUAGUAUUCUGGAUGGUGAUAUUCUGAGAUGGGAACAACAGGUCAGAUUACGACAUAUGCUUACAAGACAAUAUCUGUGUAUAGACUCCAAGUUAGAUGUUUCUCUUGUGCCAGAUCCCAGCGACCCUAGAACUGUAUUCAGACUACAUUCUGUAUUAAAGGAGCGAGAUGAGAUACAGUUUGAAAGUUACGCACGUAUAGAACACAUGUUGACUGGGUGUUGGCUCCAUGCUUUAAAAGAUGAAGAUUACGAGCGUCAAAUAAGCACAGAAAAUGGAAAAGAAAAAUCCAUGCACGGUUUACGGUGGGAUAGUGCUGCCGUUCGUAAGGUAUCUGCCUCAAGUGAGAGCAUGUACGAUGAUGCCUAUACGAUUCAGCAAGUGAUGACUGAGGAUACACAGAACUUUAACUACGUAGCAGGAAUAGUGCCAUUUUUGUUUAACUUGAUUCAAGAUCUGGAGCACAAUCCAAAUCUGAAUGCUAAGAAAACACAUGGUAUUAUAACGGCACUCCGGGAGGUAAAGCUCUUUAUGGUGGUAGAAGGACUGCCGUAUAAAGAUAGACAAAAGCUGAUGAGAAAUCUGAGAGUGAUAGAUUUACUAGUCAAUCUACUCCAAUGUCCUUUACGAGAAGGCGAUGAAGAAUCCCAUAUGAUCCGAAUAUUUAAAGAGGCCUAUGACGUACUACAUGCUUAUAUGAUUGGAAAGAGUAGAAAGAAUGCAUUAUACUUUGCAAAAUAUAUAGACUUCUUUCAGACACAAUUCACACAAAAGGGAGGUAUCGGUUUAAAUGUUGCACAGAUGAUUGUGGAACUGAUACGAGACAAACGAAAGAUUGUUGACAGGAUCACAGAAGGUCAGAUUGCAACAUUUAUCAAAUUGUUACGAGAAACAGAGAACUAUCGAUUUUUGGAUCUCUUACAAGUACUUUGUGUAUGUGAUGGAGUUUCUAUACCAAACAAUCAGACAUACAUUGUAGAACAUUGGCUACGAGGGGAAGAGGGUAGUGUUUACUUAACGGACAGAGGACAAAAUAUCAACAAGAGGCCUAACAUUGUGUAUCUUGCCACAGAGAGAACAAUACAUUGGCUGCCUUUACAUGUGUUUGUUGAUCCUGAGAGUGCUGAAUUUAACGAGGACAAAUACCAGUUCUUGUUACAUCAGUUAGAGUUAUUCAAAGCAUUAUGUUUUGGAAGGAAUGAUCUCGCUGUUCAUGUUAUAACAAGAGAACAUGGAUAUUUAACAUGGGAGGAUGCCUAUCUCUGUCUCACAUCGGAUCUCCUUCCAGACUGUAUUAGAGCAAAAUACUGUGAACUAAUUAUAGCAUUGUUUGUAGACGUAGGGAACAACUAUUCUGUAUUGGACCAUCCUAAUAUCUGUUUUAUAUAUGAAUAUGUUGGAUCAAAAGAUUCCGACAGGGAUCAGAGCUUUGUUUCUCCAAGCUCACAAAGUCGAGAUUCAGGAGAGGUUGUCAAAGACCUUGUGACAAUAUUUCCUGUUUUGAGAGACUGGUUGGCAGAAUUUUUGAGACAAAAUAACCAGAUGACUGCAUCGGACAUAGGACAUAAUCAACUUGUUGAACAGGUCUUACGACUUCUUCAGCAUUUGGUAAAAUUUGGAUAUUACAAUGACAUGGAUGAUGUCAAGCAGCUACUGACUCCAUUAUUGUCUUUGCUAGAUGGUGCUCAUGAUGUACCCUUUCCAAAGGACAAGGCAAAAGGUUAUACAAAAGAAGGACAAAAAGCUGUUAACUCGUAUAGAGCUUCAGUGCGUUUUGAAACAAGCCAAGAAGCAGAGGCAGUUGUAAAUGCUAAAUACCAGGCAAUGGAAGUUUUGGAUUUUUUGCUGACAUUCCAACGUAAUCUGCGUUUAAAGGCUUUUGUGACCAAAUUCAAACAUGGAGAGCAGAACUCAUUUUCAGGAAAAUCACCACUGAUUUUAGAACCUCUGAUGUAUGAAACCUACAAUCCACAUGAACAAAUAAAAAAAGCUCUCAGACACCAGAAGAAGGUCAUUAAAGAACUGAAAGAAAUGUUUAGCAAUUCAUCUAUAUUUGAAAUUGAUUCAACAACAUUAGUUGUAAUGGAUCUGUCCAAUUACAAAUAUGACAGGAUGGUGACAAAAUCUUUAGAUAUAUUGAAUAAGCUUUAUUCGUCACAAAUGGACAUGUUUCAGCUUGCAGCAAAGGCACAGAUUUUGUUGACCCAAGAUUCAGCAAGGGUACAUCGUGAACUUCAGAGAAGCCUUCCUGUUUUACGUCGACUUGCAAAACAGAAGUUGAACGAUCACCAAAUUCUCCUGAUGGGAGAAAUAUUAGAUGAAUUAGCAGAAUUUUGCCAUCUACCAAAGACACCAGAGGAGCCUCAUUUCAUGAAUCAAAAUAUCCUCAUAAGUCAUGGCAUUCUUGCUAUAGUGAUAGAUAUUCUGUCUCAGGAAAUUGACACUAAAUUAGUGGAACAACAGUACCAAGGUAUGAAGAAAAUAUUUUCUAAAACAUUGUGGCUGAUGAAGCUUCUAGCCAGAGAAAACAAAGAAGUUCAAGAAAAGCUGUUUCAACAUCUGGAUACACUUUUAUCGGUUCAGAUUGUACCAUCAGAUUUAGCACUGGCACUCAAGGAGCUAUUUGUUGCUAAUCAAAGUACAUGCUUGAAAGUGUCAUCAAAACAAAUUCAAAAAAUUGUACUGUUGGCAGCUGACUAUCAACAGGAGGCACCAGAAUUUUUAGAACUUUUAAAUGUCCUUGUGAAAGUGGACGGACUUGACUUAACAAUAAAGAGAAAUCAGGCGCUUGUUAUGAAAUACAUAAUGCAAAAUUAUAGAAAAGCUGCAUAUGUUCUUGACCAGCCACGAGAUAUGAGGGAACAAAUUCUGACAAAUAAAAGGGAAAAGGGACAUUUAGCUUACUAUGUCCGAUUGGUGGACCUUCUAGCUACAUGUGCAGAGGGAGAGAAUAAGUUCAUAGAAUCAUUGUGUCAAACGAUACUCCCUGUUCAGGAUCUAUUAUGGGUGAUGAAUCAUAUAUCAAUAGACAAUAAUCUGAAGAAACCUUUUGUGAAAUUCAUGAUAUGGGUGUAUAUGAAGCCAGUUGGAAAUCUCGUCGAAAGCGGAGGGGCUGAUCUGCAACAUGAUAAAGAUUUGUGGGACUUCAUUUCGGCUGUAGCAGGUUCAAUUAAUCAGAUAUCUGAUACCAUGUCUCGACAUUCAGAACGAACCGUCAGUUUACUCAAAUCACCGCCAGAUUUCAGUUUUGUAGCGGAUGAAGAUGACCCUAAAGAAAUUUUACAUGGCAAUAUUUUCUUUAUAUUAGAUGCUGUGUUGCCUUUCCUUGAGGUAUUCUAUUCAAUAUUUUAUUCACUUGACAAAGACCUAUACCCGACUGAACUGGAUCAUACAGAUACACUUGCUAGUGGAUUUGCGUCGCUGUGCGAGUCAAUAGGCUCUUUGUUGACAUCACCAGCACAUAUGAAAUCACUUGUGGCAACCGUUACAAUUUUAAUAUCAUCAUCAACUGCUCCAAAAUCGGCUAAUAUUGGUGCUUUGGAUAAAUUUACACAACAAAUGAGACUAGCAGAUACUAAGAGUGAUGUAAGAAAGGGAAAUAUGGAGUAUUACUGCAAUGAACUGGAAUUGAAUGCCAAAUUUCAUACAUUUGCCAAAAAUAACAGCAUUAUUCAUAGAGGCCACAACACUGUUCAAGCACAAAUGAAGUAUAAAUCUAAAAGAGAAUAUACAGAGAUUGGAACUAAUGAAGAGCUACCUCUUGGAGAAGAAUUUCAAAGUUUAGUGAAAUGCUUUUGUGAACCACACGAAAAAAAUAUUUCCAAGAAGUUCCAAUUAGCAAAAAAACUACUGCAGCAGUUAGAGAUUUCAUCUAGACAAAUCCUAACAUCAACAACAGCAACAGUAUCACAAGAAGAUCUCGACAUAAAAUGUUUACAAAUUCUCAGAACUUUUAUUCACCAAGAAGAAAGAAAACUUCGAGAUGAUUGGGAUCAAUAUGCUUCAGAUGCAGUCAUAAAAAAGCAACUUGCAAAUAUCAAAGAAGUUCAGACAGCUAUAAAUUCUCACGAUUUUGUUGGUAAAGUUCUUCCACAUAUAGCUAGACGAAGUGAUGCCAUUGUUAGAGAGGUCCUGGCAUUCUUGAGUUUGAUGUUGUUCAAUGCCAACCGAGACGUUCAGAAAUCUUUGCUCGACUACUUCCUCUCGACACGUGAAGAAGUGUUUUUCAUGGCUGUUCGUGAUAGAAUGCAGAUAUCAACAAAUUCGAUUAAGGAAAAGUUCCUUGCAAGACGGAAACACCAGGAAAAGAAAGGGAGGUCAUUACUUGCCCAGCAUCAAGCAAGGGUGAAAGACAUUAUGUCAAAUCUUACAAGUUUUCAGACAAGUAUCUCAGCAGGGAAAAGAGCUUUACAAAUGAUACAAACAUACGAACUACGGUUAAAAAGAGAUAAAAUGCAGGGAUGGAGUGCACUUAGUAGAGCAAAGGAACCAUUGCCACUAAAAAAGCGGAAGAAAUCUAAGAAGAAAAAGAAACCACCAGAAAACAGGAAGCCACCAAAUCUAAUUCACUCUAAUGGUAUUUCACGUGAUAACAGUAAUGAAGCCCUACUAAAAUCACCUGAUACACCAGUUGAAUAUUCUAAAGAUGUAGAAAUGGUCGAUGUAUCAUUAGAUGAUGAAAAGGCUGCAGUGGAACUGAUAAAUUCAAUGGAUGAUGGGGUAGGAGAUAUGUUAGAGUAUAAAGAUGAUGGAUACAUAGAAUUGGUGCUGAAGCUUCUAGCAAGAGUUUGCGAUGGACAAAACACAGAUCUACAGACAUAUAUGAGGGAGCAACCAGACAACGUAAAAUCUUUCAAUAUUGUUGGGGAAACUGCUCAGUUUUUGAAUGUUGUAUAUUCCACUGUUAAUAGUAAGACCAUAGCAUUAAUCAUACAGAUCUUUUCUACGCUGAAUGAAUUUUGUGCUGGAAACCAAGAAAACCGUGUGGUUGUGUAUGAUAGAAAAGUUGUUGACUAUAUAAACUUUAUUCUCCGGGCUGGCGACAUUGCUGACUGUCCACCUGAAAAGAUUCUUGAGUUAAGAGAAUCAAUUUCUUCAUUAAUAAUAUCGCUCAUUGAAGAAAACGGUCCAGGAAACUCCCAAGUUGCUAAAGAGGUCAAGGAUACCAUAGAUAAAGAAGCAGUAUACAGAUGCAUGACAUCUUGCUACACACUACAUCAGACUGACAAACCGAAAUUAGAAGACAUCAGCAAAACUACUGAUGGAAGUUUUCUACAACCAGCAAAAUCGAUUGCUGCUUUAGGAGGAAGUCUGCUUCAAGGUGUUAUGAAAGGCAAAAAUACUGUGAAGGACACUUUGAUGGAUGUUGGAUUUUCGUAUUAUCUUAUUCUUGCCAGAAUGAAUGAUAUUGAUCCUCAUCUCUCAUCACAUUUAAAAAUUACACCGGAACAGCAGAAGGCAUUUGAUUUCUAUAAAAAGAAUUCUUCAUCUAUAGAAAUAGUCAAAGACGAUGUACUGCAAAAAGUUAACUUCAGGGUGAAAAACAAAAAUUAUCUUCGUGACCAAGUAAAAGAAAAGAUUAAAUGGACGGUUGACCGAUCCUCUCCAAGCAACAAGAUCCGUGAUCUCAUAAGAUGGACAAAAGAUAUUAUGCAGGAUAUAAGUUAUCAACGAAAAAUUCUACAUAAUCCUAUCGCUAUGAUGUUUACAAAAGGAUGGUUGCUGUGGAACUAUGGAGCUAUAUUCUUAAGUCUAGCAAUCAACUUACUAAUGUUGAUAACAUGGAAUGCACAAGCAUCAUUGGAAGAUGUCACAAAAACUGCUGCUAUUAUCAAUGGUACCAAUGUAUCAACUAUACCAUGGAAUUUAAUAUCAGACCCAAAGCCUAGGAUAGAGCAUAUGAGUGAAAGUAACUUCUCUUUGACAAUGUACGUACUAGGAGGUGUCCAUAAUCUGUUUUCUCUGAUGGUGUUAGUAAGUUAUUUCCUGUCCAAUCAUCCAAGAUUUCCAAGUGGAGAGGAAAUGAAGGCACCAUUCAGAGCGUUGUGUGGCAAAAAGUCAAACAAAGAUGACAUCAAAGACAAGAAAACCGAAGAAGGUUCACGAUUAGAUGCCAAGUUCUUCAGUUUUCUUACUUUUUAUUAUAUGGUGUUCCUAGGUAUGUCCGUUUUAGGGACAUACUUCCAUGGUUAUUUCUUCGCAUUUCAUCUUUUAAACAUUGUCAACAAUAACCAGCUUUUGAGUGGAGUAAUAAAAGCUGUUACAUUAAAUGGUAUCUCCUUAUUAUGGGUUGCCAUUUUAGGACUUAUUGUGAUAUAUAUUUAUGCCCUUGUUGGGUUUUCUUUACUUCGUAUGUUCUUCAAUCCUGGUGAAUAUUUGUACUGUUCCACACUAUGGCAGUGUACUAUUACUGUCAUACGGUAUGGGCUAAUCGGAGAUAUGUUUGAGUCUGUGAAACAGACCAACAAUAAUGGAUAUGAGACAUUUGAUUCUUUCUGGCCAUUAGUCCUGUACCAUGUGUCGUUCUUCAUCUUCAUAACUACCAUUGGUCUGAACAUCAUCUUUGGUAUUAUAGUGGACACGUUCUCGGAGCUCAGGGACCUAAAGUGGCGAGCAGAAUCAGAUAUGAAGGACACUUGUUUUAUUUGCAGUAGAAACAGUUAUGAUUUUGAACACAAUGGCAAGGGUUUUGAGCACCAUGUUCGAAACGAGCACAACAUGUGGUCCUAUGUUUUCUUUAUAAUUCAUCUUGAUAGUGUAAAAACUUCGGAUUACACAGCGUUAGAACUAUAUGUAUCUAAAUCGGUUGGAACUGAAAAUUACGAAUUCUUCCCAAUGAAUAGAGCAUUAUGUUUAUCAUCAAUAGACAUUGAUUCGACAGAAUCUAAAAUAGACGAUUUGCUGUCACGUGUCACAUCAAUUGCAAUGAAACAAAAAGAAGAGGAAACAGAGAAAAAGCGAAAAAUAGAGAAAAUGAAACAGAAACGUUGGCAGGAAAAGCACAGACAGUUUAUGUUUGGCUUAUCGCCAGAUGAUAAUGAUCGUGGUGACGGAAAUGGUGAUCCGGAAAAUGAUACGUUUCUUGGUCCACCACUGAGAAUCAGUGACCGACCAUUGUCAAGACCACCAAGUAUUCUUAGCUUACAAUCACGACGUCGAACAGACACUCCCGGGGGCACUUCCUCCCGUAAAGAUGACAUAGAUCGUCGUGAAUCAGAAAUUGGCCUGUCACAAUUCUUAACUUCAAAACUACUGAAGGAAAAGAAGGCGGCUGCAGCGAGAGACGAUGACACGCCUUCCGUUUCAGAUUCAGAUGCAGGGAGUGUUGAAGGAUCAUACGAUAUCAUGGGACGCGAAUCAUCCCCACCUGGUUCACAAUCGUUUGACUCCCUUGCUCAGCCGCCACCUGUACGGGAUAGAGCUUUGUCUGUACCAGUUAUUGUAACUCCAGCUCGGCUAACAGCCGAGGCUUCCAGAGACGACAUUGACGAGGAAGAGGAAGAAGACAAAGAAGAAUAUUCAACAAGAUUGUAAAAUUUGUAGUAAGGAAAUUAUGUUACUUUUGCAGUCGGUGGCAUAUGCAUGAUUUUCUGUUUGAAGGAUAUGUGACAUUUGCGGUCAUAAGCAAAGAGUAUCUCGAACAACGCUAUCCGUUUUUUUGUGUUGUACGUAAAAUGGUAUGGUUCUGUGAGCGAUAUACUUUACUACCAGAGAUUUUCACAAACAUUUGAAUGUUGAAAUUGCAGGAUUUAAGAAUGUAUUUGAUAUGGUUAAUAAUUUUGUUUUAGAACUAUAGAAUGAAUGUGGAUAUUGUAUAGAAGGUUUAGGUAUAUGAAAGGACCAAGUUCUUGUACUAAUUUUUGAAAAUGAGUAUUUAAUAUUAUUAAUUUAUGUGUUAUUUGUAUACAAACGCUGUUCCAUUUCAUGGUGAAAUGGAAUACAAGUAUGCUGGUUACCGCUUCAGAAAAAAUAUCACUUUUUAAAUUGUGUUAUAUAAUAUGCAUCAAAAGUGGUACCAUUUCAUUUAUCAUAUUACUAAAACUACAAUGACCGUAGCAUUGAGUUAUUUAUAUUAAUAUAUUUCAUUCUUAAGAUUUACCAUAAGAAUGUACAGUGUUUAAAGGAAGAUGAUUGAUAGAAGUUUAUGCAUUGUAAAACAUAUAUAUAAUUUGCUAGGACAAAUUCAUCAAAUAUCGGUAAAUGAUGAUAUCUUAGGCGCAUUCGUAUUAUAGUAGAUAUUUUCGAUAAGCUGUGGUUUCUAUGGGAAAGAUUAUUUCAUUGAAUAUUGUAUUUAGCCAAAACUAACAUAUGCCAUACGUAUUAUAUUUUGAAGAUUGUUGGAGAAAUAUAAUAAUCACAAUAUAUUAUAUUAUAUAUUCUGGCUUUCAUUGUUUACAUUUGUACAUAUUUCUUGUUUAUUGCCUAUGUUAGAAAUUUCUGUGAUCAUUUGUUCUAUUAUAAUAUUUCAUUUUUAAGAUAAAAUAUUGUUAGCUUUA